AUGGCCAGUACUGCGCGAAUCGUGAACACCUUACCUCAAGAGCAGGAUGUUCCUGGCAGUCUCCGGUACGUCCAAAAUCUCGGGUAUAACAGGCGCAAGACUCUGGUGUCUGGCAAGAAGGUCCAGUUCGUAGACCCUCUGGGCAAGUCCAUCUUGUCAGGAAAGCAUGUUCUCGAAAUGCCAAUCGCCCUGUUCAAGGCUGUCUCGGGAAAGCACGACCUCGUGGUCGACGGCAAGAUUGUAGUACCGGAGGGCAUCAGCAUCGCCGCUGCGAAGAGGGUCGUCAAAUUGAUAUCGGAAUUACCUUUUUCUAAGAGGGUGUAUCAGUUUCAAAAGUUUGUGGUAAAGAAUGCUCAGGGGCAGCCCAUCAAGGACGCCGAGGACCCUUUCCAGGACCUACAACUUUGCUGCACCGCAGACGCCUUCGGUAUGAGCUCGUUCACUCAAGGUAUUUUCAACAGCUUCUUCAGUCGUGUCAACUCUACUGUUCCCUCGAAGGUCAUCAUCGACAUGAUUACCGCCACCCACAACCCGACUGGCAACAAGUUGUUCAAGCAGAUGGCGUAUACCAUAGCAAGGAAACUUUAUGAAAAGACUUUCACGACUGGAGACAUGUUCGAGGAGCACUACCUUCCGACCAACCCCCGUCUUUCAGAAGCUAUUUACGACUUCAUCGCCAAGUUCGAGGAGAGGUCCAUUCGUGAUGCCGCUUAUCAGGAGCGUGUGGCUAAGCGCGAAGUGCUUGCUGCAAAAGAAGCAGAGCGUCAGCGUCGCAACAAGGAAUACAACGCGAUGAGGGCAGAGGUUGCGCAGAUGACUGCCGAGAAAGCUGCGCAAUUGUCGGCAGCUGGCGAGUCUUAUCGACAGAAGCUUCGCGAGGGCAAGAAGAACUUCACCCCGCUCGAGGCAAGCUACGCUUGGAAAGUGACAGGGAAGCGCGUUGCUGCCACAGCUAGUAACUAA